CAGGCUGGCAGACAGGCGGGACCUUUCCGAGUCCGACCCUGGCGCCCUCAGGUGGCCUCAGUCCCCGCCGCUCCGGGGGCUCCCCCAGGUUCCGGGAAGUCCUGGGGAUCCGUGGGGCAGCGCGCGCCGGGGGCGCCGGAGACCGACGGUCCCGGCGCCUCCCGCGGGACGCAGCCGGCGCCCCCGCGCGCGGGGAGCGGCCCCCGGUCCGGAGCCCGCGUGGCUGGUGGCUGCUGUUGCUUUGGUCGCUGCCGCUGGCCUCGGGCGAGCUGUGCGCCCCGCUGGCGCGCGGCCGGCUGCAGUGCCUGCAGGUGUCGGUGUUCGCCAACCGCAGCUGGGCGCGCACCGACGGCCUGGGGCGGCUCGGGGAGCUGCAGGCCUACAGCUGGGCCGACGGCUCGGACGCCAUCCGCUUCCUCAGGCCCUGGGCGCGGAGCGGGUUCAGCGAGCCGCAGUGGGAGCAGCUGCAGCAGAUACUGCGGGUGUACCGCCGGAGCUUCACCAGGGACGUGCGAGAAUUCGUCAAGAUGCUGCGGCUGGACUAUCCCUUUGAGAUGCAGGUGUCUGCUGGCUGCGAGCUGUGCCCCGGGAACACCUCGGAAAGCUUCUUCCAUACGGCAUUUCAAGGAAAAGAGAUCAUGAGUUUCCAAGGAACUCAUUGGGUGCCAGCCCCCGAUGCCCCCUCUUGGGCAGGCAGGGCCACCAAAGAGCUCAAUCAGGACCAGGGGACCAGACAGACCCUGCAGUGGUUAUUAAACGACACCUGCCCGCAGUUCCUCAGAGGCCUCCUGGAGGCAGGGAAGUCGGAGCUAGAGAAGCAAGUGAAGCCGGAGGCCUGGCUGUCCGCCGGACCCCCUCCCGGUCCCGGCCGUCGGCUGCUGGUGUGUCACGUCUCCGGCUUCCACCCGAAGCCCGUGUGGGUGAUGUGGAUGCGGCGUGAGCAGGAGCAGCAGGGCACCCAGCGAGGCGACGUCCUGCCCCACGCGGACGGGACGUGGUAUCUCCGAGUGACCCUGGACGUGGCGGCCCGGGAGGCGGCCGGUCUGUCCUGCCGAGUGAGACACAGCAGUCUGGGAGGCCAAGACAUCGUCCUCCACUGGGAGGGGAGCCUCUCCUCCACGUGGCUCAUCCCGGUGGCCGUCCUGGGGUCCCUCCUGAUGAGUGGAUGCGUUGGAUGCUUAGUCUUCUGGUGCAGGAAGCGUGGCUCCUAUCAAGGCAUCCUGUGACUGUGGUCGCUGCACCUGUCUGUCUGGGACUCAGGACCCCAGCUGCUCAGGAGGUCAGCUCAGCAGCUGAGGUUGCAAGGAGAGGUGCCUUGAAGCAGCAGAGAACGCAGGGCAGCUCUCAUCACAUCCUUUAAACAUUUUAUCUAAGAUAGCUGAGGUUCUUUUUCUGUAUACUGCAAGUUUAUAAACUCCUAUGGUUCUGUAAAAAUAGACAUGCAAAUGUCUGGGGACAGGCAGAUACAGGCUGGGGUGUGAUGUCGUGUGUGGUCACCGUGUGGGUGGUGUGAUCUGCCGUGAGCUGGGAAGUGCCUGCCCCUGGGAAAGCAGGUCCAGCUGUUGCCAACAGUCAAGGAAGAGCGACCAACAAAAUGAGUGAGUUUCUGAAAAUAAGACCCUGGCUGGGCUGCAGUCUACAUUUUUCAAGAGAAGCAGAUGUCUGGAUUUUCGUGUGAGCAUGCCUGAUAUAGGACUGUGCACUGAAGCUUUUACGAAAUGUUUGGGACACCCCAGAUACAUCCAUCUCUGUUUCUUGAUGGCCAUGUGGGGGCUUCUUGAAUAAAAGUUGGGCCUAAAUGACAAA